AUGUAUAGCCAUGUAUUGCCAUGUAUAGCCAUGUAUUACCACGUAUACCCAUGUAUAGCCAUGUAUAACCAUGUAUUGCCAUGUAUACCCAUGUAUAGCCAUGUAUACCCAUGUAUAGCCAUGUAUUGCCAUGUAUUACCAUGUAUUGCCAUGUAUUCCCAUGUAUCACCAUGUAUUACCAUGUAUAGCCAUGUAUAGCCAUGUAUAGCCAUGUAUUGCCAUGUAUUACCAUGUGUUGCCAUGUAUUACCAUGUAUCACCAUCUAUUACCAUGUAUAGCCAUGUAUAGCCAUGUAUAGCAAUGUAUUGUCAUGUAUAGCCAUGUAUUACCACGUAUACCCAUGUAUAGCUAUGUAUAGCCAUGUAUUGCCAUGUAUACCUAUGUAUAGCCAUGUAUACCCAUGUAUAGCCAUGUAUUGCCAUGUAUUACCAUGUAUUGCCAUGUAUUACCAUGUAUCACCAUGUAUUACCAUGUAUAGCCAAGUAUAGCCAUGUAUAGCCAUGCAUUACCAUGUAUCACCAUGUAUUACCAUGUAUAGCAAUGUAUAGCCAUGUAUUACCAUGUAUCAUCAUGUAUUGCCAUAUAUACCCAUGUACAGCCAUACAUGCCUAUGUAUAGCCAUGUAUAGCCAUGUAUAGCCAUGUAUUGCCAUGUAUUACCAUGUAUUGCCAUGUAUUACCAUGUAUCACCAUGUAUUACCAUGUAUAGCCAUGUAUAGCCAUGUAUAGCCAUCUAUUACCAUGUAUCACCAUGUAUUACCAUGUAUAGCAAUGUAUAGCCAUGUAUAGCCAUGUAUAGCCAUGUAAUGUCAAGUAUAGCCAUGUAUAGCCAUUUAUAGCCAUGUAUCACCAUGUAUUACCAUGUAUUACCAUGUAUAGCCAUGUAUAGCCAUGUAAUGUCAUGUAUAGCCAUGUAUUGCCAUGUAUACCCAUGUAUAGCCAUGUAUACCCAUGUAUAGCCAUGUAUUGCCAUGUAUUACCAUGUAUUGCCAUGUAUUACCAUGUAUCACCAUGUAUUACCAUGUAUAGCCAUGUAUAGCCAUGUAUAGCCAUGUAUUACCAUGUAUCACCAUGUAUUACCAUGUAUAGCAAUGUAUAGCCAUGUAUAGCCAUGUAUAGCCAUGUAAUGUCAUGUAUAGCCAUGUAUUACCAUGUAUCACCAUGUAUUGCCAUGUAUACCCAUGUAUAGCCAUGUAUACCUAUGUAUAGCCACAUAUACCCAUGUAUAGCCAUGUACUGCCAUGUAUAGCCAUGUAUUGCCAUGUAUACCCAUGUAUAGCCAUGUAUAGCCAUGUAUAGCCAUGUAUUGCCAUGUAUUACCAUGUAUUGCCAUGUAUUACCAUGUAUCACCAUGUAUUACCAUGUAUAGCCAUGUAUAGCCAUGUAUAGCCAUGUAUAGCCAUGUAUAGCCAUGUAUUGCCAUGUAUAGCCAUAUAUUACCACGUAUACCCAUGUAUAGCCAUGUAUAGCCAUGUAUAGCCAUGUAAUGUCAUGUAUAGCCAUGUAUAGCCAUUUAUAGCCAUGUAUUACCAUGUAUCACCAUGUAUUACCAUGUAUAGCCAUGUAUAGCCAUGUAAUGUCAUGUAUAGCCAUGUAUUACCAUGUAUCACCAUGUAUUACCAUGUAUCACCAUGUAUUGCCAUGUAUACCCAUACAUAGCCAUGUAUAGCCAUGUAUUGCCAUGUAUUACCAUGUAUUGCCAUGUAUUACCAUGUAUCACCAUGUAUUACCAUGUAUAGCCAUGUAUAGCCAUGUAUAGCCAUGUAUUGCCAUGUAUUACCAUGUAUUGCCAUGUAUUACCAUGUAUUGCCAUGUAUUACCAUGUAUCACCAUGUAUUACCAUGUAUAGCCAUGUAUAGCCAUGUAUAGCCAUGUAUAGCCAUGUAUAGCCAUGUAUAGCCAUGUAUAGCCAUGUAUUGCCAUGUAUUACCAUGUAUACCCAUGUAUAGCCAUGUAUAGCCAUGUAUAGCCAUGUAAUGUCAUGUAUAGCCAUCUAUAGCCAUUUAUAGCCAUGUAUUACCAUGUAUCACCAUGUAUUACCAUGUAUAGCCAUGUAUAGCCAUGUAAUGUCAUGUAUAGCCAUGUAUUACAAUGUAUCACCAUGUAUUACCAUGUAUCACCAUGUAUUGCCAUGUAUACCCAUACAUAGCCAUGUAUAGCCAUGUAUUGCCAUGUAUUACCAUGUAUUGCCAUGUAUUACCAUGUAUCACCAUGUAUUACCAUGUAUAGCCAUGUAUAGCCAUGUAUAGCCAUGUAUUGCCAUGUAUUACCAUGUAUUGCCAUGUAUUACCAUGUAUCACCAUGUAUUACCAUGUAUAGCCAUGUAUAGCCAUGUAUAGCCAUGUAUAGCCAUGUAUAGCCAUGUAUUACCAUGUAUAGCCAUGUAUAGCCAUGUAUUACCAUGUACAGCCAUGUAUUACCAUGUAUAGCCAUGUAUAGCCAUGUAUUACCAUGUAUCACCAUGUAUUGUCAUGUAUUACCAUGUAUUAUUAUGUAUCACCAUGUAUUACCAUGUAUAGCCAUGUAUAGCCAUUUAUAGCCAUGUAUUACCAUGUAUCACCAUGUAUUACCAUGUAUAGCAAUGUAUAGCCAUGUAUAGCCAUUUAUAGCCAAGUAUUCCCAUGUAUCACCAUGUAUUACCAUGUAUAGCAAUGUAUAGCCAUAGCCAUGUAUAGCCAUGUAAAGCCAUGUAAUGUCAUGUAUAGCCAUGUAUUACCAUGUAUCACCAUGUAUUGCCAUGUAUACCCAUGUAUAGCUAUGUAUAGCCAUGUAUUGCCAUGUAUACCCAUGUAUAGCCAUGUAUUGCCGUGUAUAGCCAUGUAUUGCCAUGUAUACCCAUAUAUUGCCAUGUAUAGCCAUGUAUUGCCAUGUAUACCCAUGUAUAGCCAUGUAUACCCAUGUAUAGCCAUGUAUUGCCAUGUAUUACCAUGUAUUGCCAUGUAUGACCAUGUAUCACCAUGUAUUACCAUGUAUAGCCAUGUAUAGCCAUGUAUAGCCAUGUAUAGCCACGUAUUACCAUGUAUCACCAUGUAUUACCAUGUAUAGCAAUGUUUAGCCAUGUAUAGCCAUGUAAUGUCAUGUAUAGCCAUGUAUUACCAUGUAUCACCAUGUAUUGCCAUGUAUACCCAUGUAUAGCCAUGUAUACCUAUGUAUAGCCAUGUAUACCCAUGUAUAGCCAUGUAUUGCCAUGUAUAGCCAUGUAUUGCCAUGUAUAGCCAUGUAUAGCCAUGUAUAGCCGCGUAUUGCCAUGUAUUACCAUGUAUUGCCAUGUAUUACCAUGUAUCACCAUGUAUUACCAUGUAUAGCCAUGUAUAGCCAUGUAUAGCCAUGUAUAGCCAUGUAUAGCCAUGUAUAGCCAUGUAUAGCCAUGUAUUGCCAUGUAUUACCACGUAUACCCAUGUAUAGCCAUGUAUAGCCAUGUAUAGCCAUGUAAUGUCAUGUAUAGCCAUCUAUAGCCAUUUAUAGCCAUGUAUUACCAUGUAUCACCAUGUAUUACCAUGUAUAGCCAUGUAUAGCCAUGUAAUGUCAUGUAUAGCCAUGUAUUACCAUGUAUCACCAUGUAUUACCAUGUAUCACCAUGUAUUGCCAUGUAUACCCAUACAUAGCCAUGUAUAGCCAUGUAUUGCCAUGUAUUACCAUGUAUUGCCAUGUAUUACCAUGUAUCACCAUGUAUUACCAUGUAUAGCCAUGUAUAGCCAUGUAUAGCCAUGUAUAGCCAUGUAUUACCAUGUAUAGCCAUGUAUAGCCAUGUAUUACCAUGUACAGCCAUGUAUUACCAUGUAUAGCCAUGUAUAGCCAUGUAUUACCAUGUAUCACCAUGUAUUGUCAUGUAUUACCAUGUAUUAUUAUGUAUCACCAUGUAUUACCAUGUAUAGCCAUGUAUAGCCAUUUAUAGCCAUGUAUUACCAUGUAUCACCAUGUAUUACCAUGUAUAGCAAUGUAUAGCCAUGUAUAGCCAUUUAUAGCCAAGUAUUACCAUGUAUCACCAUGUAUUACCAUGUAUAGCAAUGUAUAGCCAUAGCCAUGUAUAGCCAUGUAUAGCCAUGUAAUGUCAUGUAUAGCCAUGUAUUACCAUGUAUCACCAUGUAUUGCCAUGUAUACCCAUGUAUAGCUAUGUAUAGCCAUGUAUUGCCAUGUAUACCCAUGUAUAGCCAUGUAUUGCCGUGUAUAGCCAUGUAUUGCCAUGUAUACCCAUGUAUUGCCAUGUAUAGCCAUGUAUUGCCAUGUAUACCCAUGUAUAGCCAUGUAUUGCCAUGUAUUACCAUGUAUUGCCAUGUAUGA